AACUUCUCAAGAAAGAAACAAAGUUAAUCGUUAACCAAAGGAUCUUUUUAUCAAUUCAUCUCUCGGAACUUUAAUUAAACAAUUAAUCAGAUUUCGCCUGUUAAUUAAUUGAAUUUGGAAAAUUCUGAUUCGAUUCGAAGUUGUUAUUAUUCAAUGGUCCCCAUAGAGAAAAACAUCUCUUCAUGUAAGCGGUUUUUCUGAGCAAUUUGAAAAUGUGAUUAACUAAUCAAGUGAUUGUGACUUUUAUUUAUCAAUUUAAUUCAAUUGUUGCUCCUUUUGUUUGAUUCUUCUAUCGUGUUACCUGUGGUUUCCUGUGUUUGUGGAUUAUUGGGUGAUUCUGGAAUCGAUUUGUGUGUUGGUUUCUUGUUGAAAGAAAAAUGGAUAAUUCAGAAAUUCUGACAGAACCUUCUUUGACUUGUUCCUAUCGAGCUCAUAAGAAUGAAGUUAAUCAUGUCCAGUUUAGUCCUGAUUCUAAGAAUUUGGUUACCUGUUCUAAUGAUCAACAAGUUAUCUUUUGGGAAUUCAAAGGAAAUCUUGAAAUUCACCGAAGCUACAGACUAUCUGGACAUAAAGAUAUUGUUCAUUGUGUUGACUAUUCACCAAAUUCUGAUUAUUUUAUAUCAGUUUCUAGAGAUAAAACCGCUUGCCUUUGGAGAUUAGGCCCUGAUAAUCGGCCUAAUCUAGAGCCAACAAUCUAUAAUUGUCACUGUAGUACCAUUCGGUCAGUCGGUGCUUCACCAAAAGGUGAUUACUUUUGCACCGGAUCAGAUGAUAAAAGUGUUAAAAUUUGGUCAGCUUUUUGUAAAAAUAAACAAACGGCUCUUCUUAAAGGACACAUGAAUUGGGUUCGAUGUUGUAAAUACUGUCCCAAUGACGAUCAACUUGUCGCCUCAUGUGGAGAUGAUUCCUGCCUGUUUGUUCACGAUCUCAGAGUUUAUGAUGGCCUUCCGUCCAAAAAAGUAACCAAAAGAGGAAUCAAAUUCACUUGCCUUGAUUGGUAUCCCAACAAUAAAAAUCUGGUUGCAAUUUCAUCUCAUGAUUCUUGUGUCAGGAUAUUUGAUCUAAGAUCUGACAAAGCUUUACAAUAUUAUAAUGCUCAUACCGGUCCAGUUAACCAUGUUGAAUUUCAUUCGUCUGGAAAUUAUCUAAUCAGUUCAUCGGAUGAUGGAACAUCAAAAAUUUUUGAUAUACUUGAAGGUCGAGUAUUGUUCACCUUACAAGAGCACCAAGGAGCCGUUUAUUGUUCAGCUUUUGCCAAAGAUGGUAAAAAAUUUGCUACCGUUGGUAAAGAUUCAAUUGUUAGCCUUUGGACAAGCAAUUUAAUCGUUGAAAAUGAUGAAAGUUUAAUUGAAGACAAUGAUCAGGAUACCGAAAGGAUUGCAAGACGAUUAUCAACAAGUUCAGCUAAAGAUUCAACUGAUUCAAAGGCUUCUAAUCGUUUAACAGCAAACAAAAAGACAUCAAGUCGAUUAUCAUUAGAUCAAACUGUUGAUGAUUGUGGACAAUCAUUUGUAAAUGAUGAGGAAACAUCUAAAGAUCCAUCGAUAUUAAUUCAAAUUCUCACUCAAUUAGAUCUUCUAACCGAAAGUUUAUCUUCAUUAGAGAAACGAGUCGGUAAAAUAGAGAAAAGAUUAGAUAAUCAUCCAUCUAUUUAACGAAAUUUUCUGUCUCUCAAUUAACUUUCCAAGAAACUCUGAAUCUCAGAUAAUUUAAUUUCUAUAAACUCUUCAUUUGCUAAUUAA